CUGACUGAUUGAUAUAGGACGUCUUUAACCUCGUGGUCACCUCCAUCAUACCCUCCUUGUUCGACCCUUCAAAUCCUUACAACAACCAGCACAAAUACGUCCUGCGCUCUCUGGCCGAGAUCAAGAGCAUCGUCCUGCUGCUCGACGUCGAUGGGAGCGAAAACCUCCUGCUCCAUCUCUUUUCCACCAUCUUCGACGGCGUCUCCGGAUCAAAGUCGGCUUCGGGGGAACAAGUCGCCAAGGAUGUCGAGUAUAGCAUGCAGGAGCUCCUGGGCGUGCUUGUUGAGGAUGCCACCAGCCUCCCCGCGAAGGUCGUGGACGUGAUGAUGGCCCAGUUUCUUCGGGCGGCUGCUCCCGGCAGCGGCAGGGAGAAGCACAACCACGUGCAAGUCGACGAGAACCAGGCGACCCUCCUGGCCAAGGAGGAGCCCGAGGCCUAUCAGAUCGUGAAGCAUUUGUGUCAAAUGUUCCCCGACAAGAUGGCCCGCUUUGUCAGCCAGUAUUUCAGCGACGUCAUCGUCGACGCGACCGGGUUUGCCGGAAGGGCCGACCACAGGGACGACGACGACGAGGAGGGCCCUUCCGGUCCUUCCGAGGCGGAUCUGAGAGAGCUCAGGAAAGCCCACACGCUCAUCCGAGAGAUCUGGAAGGCUGCGCCCCAGAUCCUUCAGAAUGUCGUUCCGCAGGUCGACGCCGAACUGUCUGCCGACAAUGCGCACCUGCGGCAGCUCGCCACCGAGACGUUGGGCGACAUGAUUUCGGGCAUCGGCGCUGCCGGGCCGCCUCCUCCCCCGACGCUCGACCCGGCUGCUUACCCGCCGCUUCGGCUGGACGACGAGGACAAGACGGAGGAGGCUCCGGUGACCAACAUCUUGACGACGCCCCUCUCCGCCAUCUCUUUCUCGCAGACGCACAACGCGACCUUCCACAGCUUUCUCAGCAGGAGAAACGACAAGUCGCCGGCCAUCCGCGCCGCCUGGACAUCGGCUGCCGGAUACAUUCUCUCCACCUCGGCCGGUGGCAUCGGACUAGGGCGAGAGGACGAAACGGCGCUGAUCCAGGGCCUCGGAGAGAAGCUCUCGGACAGCGACGAGAAGGUCAGACUCGCGGCCGUCAAGGCCAUCGAGUGCUUCAGCUUCCGGGAUGUCAUCCUGAAGCUUGGGCCGAACGGAGGUGUCGCUAAGGAAGGCUCUGUCCUGUCCACCCUAGCCGACCGCUGUCGCGACAAGAAGCCGGCUGUUCGGGUCGCCGCCAUGUCGCUGCUGGGAAAGCUCUGGGGCGUCGCGACCGGAGAGCUACUCGCCGGUCACGAAGCGGUCACGGCCGCCCUCGGCGCGGUACCCAGCCGCAUCUACAACUCCUUCUAUGCAAACGACCUGGAGCUCAAUGUCCUGCUCGACCGUGUCAUCUUCGAAUGUCUCGUACCCCUUUCCUAUCCGCCCCAACCUAAGAAGGCCAAGAAUGCUACUACUACUUCCAACGGCAGCUCCCAAUCCCAAACCGCCGCCGGGGCAGCCAUCUCCGACCCGGACGCGGUGCGGGCGGAAAGGAUACUGCUCCUCGUCCGCUCCCUCGAUCCCAACGGCAAGAAGGCGUUCUUUGCCAUGCAGGCCAGGCAGCCCCAGUUUGCUCACGUCCUGGAGACCUAUCUCAAGCAAUGCGACCAAUUCAACGGAGGCGUCAUGGACGGGGAUGCGUCCAAGAAGAUGGCCAACCUUAACAAGACGACGCGGUAUAUCUCUCAAUUCCUCCCGGACGGCACCAAAGCGGAGCAGGAUCUGUAUCGAUUCGCGAAAGCCAAUGACAGACGCAGUUACAACCUAAUUAAGUAUAUCAUCGGCCCGGAGCACGACUUCAAGACCGUCCACAAGGCGCUCAAGGAGUUGCUGAAGCGCAUCCAGGCCAGCAAGGACCCGGGUGUCCGCGAUACACUGCUGCCCCUCCUCUAUCGAUCCGGCUGCUUGAUGUUCAACCGCAGCCACCUCGCCAGCUUCAUGGAGUAUUCCCGGUCGGACAAGGGCAACAUGGGAUCAGCUGCCCACGAGAUCCUCAACGAGAUAUCGCAACGAAACCCCGGCCUCUUCAAGACGCACAUCGGACAGCUCUGUAAGGACCUCGUCGACCAGGCGCCCACGCAGACGCGGGAGAACGACCUGGCGGUUGUCGAGACCCUGAAGGCGUGCUCGACGUACGCCCGCAAGUACCCCAAGGACGUGCCGGCGGACAAGGACUUCACGCGGACCAUGAUCAAUUACGCGCUCUACGGCCGACCCGCCAGGGCUGCCAAAUACGCGGUGAACAUCCUCCUUGCUAAAAAGGACGACAAGAGCCUGGUCAGCGCGACAGAUCUGCUCCAGCGGAUUCUGAAGGACUGGUCCUAUGGGUCGCAGAGCUUUCUAAAUAAGCUCGCCGCCGUGAGCCAGCUCGAGCUCCUGGCGCCCAAGGUGACCGAGGAAGCGGAGGACACGAUCCUCAACAUGGCGGUCCAGCAAAUCCUUCUCGAGGUCCGAACGAAAACCAGCGCCAAGGAUCCGGAUUGGGUCGACGAUGGCGAGCUGGACGAGGAAUGCCAAGCGAAAUGCCUGGCUCUCAAGACGCUGGCCAACAGGCUCAGGAGCAUAGAAGACAUCGACGAGGCCAAGGAGAAGGCCAGGCCAGUCUGGAAGCUCUUCAUGAAGCUGAUCAGGGCCAAGGGAGAGCUAUCCAAAACCAAGGAGACGCCAAGGCACCACCGGUCACGAUUAAGGUUGCUCGCGGCGCAGCUGGUGCUGAAGCUGUGCACGCAAAAGCAUUUUGACGAGCAGCUCUCGCCCGAGGAUUUCGACGCGCUGGCCCUCACGACGCAGGAUGCGGUCCAGGAGGUCCGCCACGGCUUCGUGAGGAAGCUGCAAAAGUACCUGGCAGAUAACAGGCUGCGGUCCCGCUUCUACACCAUCGUCUUCCUGAUGGCGUUCGAGCCGAGUGCCGACUUCAAGCAGCGGACCGAGACGUGGAUCCGGUCGCGGGCGCGCCGUUUCCAGGACAACAAGCAGCCCGUGCUCGAGGCCGUCAUGCCCCGCCUCCUGUCCCUCCUCGCACACCAUCCGGACUACAGCGCAGAACUGGACGAGCUGGUCGACCACGCGCGGUACCUGCUCUUCUACGUCAGCCUGGUCGCGACGGAGUCCAACCUCGGCCUGAUCUACAAGUACGCUGAGCGGGUCAAGCAGACGCAGGACGCGCUGGACGAGCGGGGAAACAACCACCAGGUGCUGAGCGACCUGGCACAGGCCGUCAUCAGGAAGUGGCAGGACAAGAAGAACUGGGUCUUCAACGCCUACCCGGGCAAGGUCGGCCUGCCGGUGGGUCUCUACAGCCCGCUCAAGUCGCAUGACGAAGCGCAGGCGAUCGCCGAGAAGCAGUUUGUGCCCGACGGUAUCGACGACAAGCUGGAUGAGCUUCUUCGCGCGAUGGACCGCAAGAAGAAACGCAAAUCUGCUGUCGACGACCGGGGGGACGACUCUCAUCCUUCCAAGAAAGCCCGCGUACAGCAGCAGUCCGGCGGCGAGCAGGCGAAAGAGGCGAAAGAGGCGAGGCCCGUCAAGAGCGCGAAGAAGUCGUCUGGCGCUGCUACCCCGAAACCCAAGAAGAUUCCCGGCAAGGCCAAGAGGCCCGCGCGCGAAGAGAGGUUCAUCCCCGAGUCGGAGCGCCGGCGGAGCUCGCGGUCCACAGCGGCAAACCGGUCCUAUGUCGAGCGCGACUCGGACGUGGAUGACGAAGAGAUGCUUGACGGUGUGGCCGAGUGGGAGUACGUCAACGGGGAGGGGGGGGAAGAGGAAGAGGAUGAGGGCGGUGGUGAGGAGGGCGAGUCCGGGAGCGAGGAUGGAUCUGGGGCUGGAGAAGAGGAGGAGACCGAGAAGGUCAAGGAGGAAGUGGUAGUGCAGGGGGAGGCGGAGGAAGAAGGGAAAGAAGAUGAUGAAGAAGUGGAUAAUAAAGAAGAGGAGACCGGGGAGGUUGAGAAGCAGCAGCAGCCCAAGAAGAAAUCGCUCGCUGUCAGGGGAAAGGGAGGCGCCACGGCCACGAGGAGGACGAGGGCUGCGUCCGCACGCGGUCGAGGCGCUCGGGAGAAGUCGGAGAGCGGGCCCUCCGAGCCGGAGAACGAGGAUGUGGAGAUGGCGGAGGCUGAUAAUGGCGAAGCGGAGCCGGGGAACGGCAAGGACUAUGACGAGGCAGAAGAAAAGGCGGGCGAAGAGGAGGAGGAGGAGGAGGAGGAGGCGGCUGAGGAGGAACAAGAUGAUGAAGAAGAAGAAGAGGACGAGUCUGCGCCACCGCCGACGACGCGGAGCACUCGCAGGGCAAAAGCCGCGCCUGCACCGAAAAAAUCCAAGACGCCUCCUGCUCCCAAGGGCAAAGCCGCUGCGACCAAGGGUAAGGCGGCCGAGAAACCCGCCCCUGCGCCGGCUAGGACGGGGGGUAGGGUCACCCGCUCGAGAAAGUAAGCUGGCAUAGUAAGCCGGCAGUAGCAGGGACGUGAGAGUGGGAACCCAAAACAACAUGGCUUUGCUAGUUUGCUGUAUAGCAUGCUGCUGGAGAUGGGAAGCUGGAAAGAAGGGCACACUUCGGCGUUGACGAAUCCCCCAAGUUCCUAGGAUGACAAAGCAGACGGAAGGUC